UUUGUCACCAGUCCAGUCAUGAGUAAUCUAAGUUACCGUAUCACCAGCUACUUUUGGUGUCCAGAAAGGGAGAAGUUGUACAGAUCAGUGCUCGCUCAGCCAAGGAUUUGCCUACUGCUAGACUAAGGUGGUUGAUGGAAACCACAUGACGGUUCAGCCCUGAAGUCGUUUUUUUUGGGAGUGUGUGUGUGUGUGUGUGUGUGUGUGUGUGUGUGUGUGUGUGCGUGUGUGUGCAGUUUGCUCUGUACCUCAUUGAAACCAGCUUGCAUACAAGGGAAGUCAACCCCUCGCAAUUCCCUUCAGUACAGUACAGCCUCCUCCAGUCCUGUGAAGGGUUUGACACAGCUCCAGUCUGCUGGCAGAAAAACGAACUAGAGGAACAGGGAGGGAAACAGAAUUUAAUAGCAGAAGGGACAAGGCACUUGACUGGAGGAUUGUGCCCAACACUGUGAUACUCAGGACCAAUUUCUGACCAAAGCCUGGCAGCCCCUGCUAUGGAACACCUCCUGCUGUUGAUGCCCCUCCUGGGUCUGGUAAGCAGCAAUCUGCCCUUCGUACAGAGAGGCUUCUGGGACUUCUCCAUGGACGAUCCCAAUACCAAUGUUGAAGAGGAGGAGGAGGCUUCGGGCAUCUUCCCUACUUCGGGAGAGGCUGAGAAAGAAGAUGACAUCCCCUCUUUCUAUCCGGGCCUUUGUCCCUUUGGCUGCCAUUGCCACCUAAGGGUGGUGCAGUGCUCUGACCUGGGUCUCAAGGAAGUGCCGAAAGAGCUCUCGCCGGACACCAGUUUGCUGGACCUGCAGAACAACCAGAUUACCGAGCUGCGCAAAGAUGACUUUAAGGGGCUACACCAUCUAUAUGCCCUGGUAUUGGUGAACAACAAGAUCUCCAAGAUCCAUCCAAAGGCCUUCAGUCCCCUGCACAAGCUGCAGAAACUCUACAUCUCCAAGAACAACCUGGUGGAGAUCCCUCCUAACCUGCCCCCCUCCUUGGUUGAACUCCGCAUCCAUGACAACAAGAUCAAGAAGAUCUCCAAGGAUGUCUUUAAUGGGCUCAACAACAUGAAUUGCAUUGAGAUGGGCGGGAACCCUCUGGAAAACAGUGGGUUUGAACCUGGUGCCUUUGAUGGCCUAAAGCUGAACUACCUGAGAAUCUCAGAAGCAAAGCUCACUGGUGUACCCAAAGAUCUGCCAGAAACCCUAAAUGAGCUCCAUCUGGACCACAACAAGAUCCAGGCGAUUGAAUUAGAAGAUCUGAUCCGCUAUUCCAAAGUCUACAGGUUGGGCUUGGGACACAACAACAUCCGCAUGAUUGAGAACGGCAGCCUGGCUUUCCUGCCUAUCCUACGGGAGUUGCACUUGGAUAACAACAAGCUGUCCCGGGUCCCUCAAGGGCUGCCUGGCCUCAAGUUCCUGCAGGUGGUGUACCUUCACUCCAACAACAUUACUCACAUCGGAGUGAAUGACUUCUGCCCUGUGGGCUUUGGGGUAAAACGUGCCUCCUACCAUGGCAUCAGCCUGUUUGCCAACCCUGUCCCCUACUGGGAGGUCCAACCAGCCACAUUCCGCUGCGCCACCGACCGCCUGGCGAUCCAGUUCGGCAACUACAAGAAAUAAAGACAUCAGAAG